AUGAAUGAUUUUGUGGGUGCCGCUACAGUGGACGACCCUGAUUUCUGGGGUGCUACUUAUCCUGUAACAGUGUCACUGGAAAGUGCAGACACUUACAAGGUGCUGGGAUGGAUAGAAGAGCCAUCCUACUACAUAUUGAUUAAAAUAGACGCCGCAGCCUUAACCGCCACCGUUACCAAGCGUGUAUACGGACCUACACUGCCUACAACACCUUAUACAAACCCAGCUGCAGAAGGAACAGAUUCUUAUGUGCUGGAUCAUUCAAACGAUCAGCUGGAGGCCUUGAUGAAAGAUAAAAAAUUUGGAACCGUGGGGGCUGUUGCCUGUGAUCAGAACGGUAACCUGGCGGCGGCUACCAGUACCGGUGGCAUGACCAAUAAAAAGUAUGGGCGUAUUGGUGACACGCCUGUAAUUGGCAGUGGUACCUACGCCAAUAACGCUACCUGUGCCAUCAGCUGUACCGGCCAUGGCGAAUUAUUUAUACGUGCAGUAGCUGCCUACGAUGUUAGUGCUAUAAUGGAGUAUAAAAACCUGGAUCUGCAACAGGCAAUGGAUGAAGUGGUGAAUAAUAAAUUGGUGAAAAUAGGAGGAGAGGGGGGAAUGAUUGGUGUGGAUGCAGCCGGUAAUUACGCAUUGAUGUUUAAUAGUGAAGUAGCCGGAGGAUCGGGUGUGCGCAUGGGGGCAUCCAUGCCCAAGCAAUUUCUGUUGCUGCGGAACAAAGCGGUAUUAUGGCAUACGCUGAACGCCUUUCUAGACGCGUUUACUGAUGUAAAGAUUAUUUUGGUAUUGCCCGCACAACAUAUUGAAACUGGUAAGGAAAUCAUUGCAACGCUGGCAGCACCCCGGCGGGUGGAAAUAACGGCAGGUGGAGAUACCCGUUAUCAGUCUGUACAAAAAGGCCUGCAACUGGUAGAAAAAGACGCGGUUGUUUUUGUACAUGAUGGCGUGCGUUGCCUGGUUACACCUGCACUGAUACAAAGAUGCUAUGCUGCUGCGGUGGAAAGAGGAAAUGCUACGCCUGCUAUUGCAGCGGUAGAUUCAAUAAGAAUUGAUACGGGUACGGGCAAUGAAGUAAUGGACAGGAACAGGGUCCGCAUUAUUCAGACCCCGCAGACUUUUUUGGCAGAACAACUCCUGAAAGCUUUUGAACAGCCGUAUGAACCUUCUUUUACGGAUGAGGCUACCGUGGUAGAGCGUAUGGGAAUUGCCAUUCACCUGGUAGAAGGAAGAUAUGUUUUGAGUGCCGCUGUUCGCCGUGACGGUCUUUCUGUUUGGGCGCCCGGUAAAAAAUGGGCUACUUUUCCGUCAGGCUCAAUUGGCUGGAGAAUUGACCAGGAAGAUUUCAUGAAGGGCAUGACAAAAAUUUCCGAACUGAAAGUAAGAGCUGGUUAUGGGAUUACUGGUAUCAAUGGGGUGCUGCUGGGCAAUACUCCAUGGCAGGUCAGCGUCAGUUCAAACAGCGCAUACUAUCCUUAUAAUAACGCCAUUACAGGAGGUCCUGCAUCUUCUAUUCAGCGUUUGGGAAACAAAGAUUUGGAAUGGGAAAAAACCAAACAGUUUAACGUAGGUCUCGACCUGGGAUUGCUUAAUAAUGCAUUCACCUUAUCCGCAGAGUACUACCGUCGCCAGACAGAUAACCUGAUUUUAAAUGUGCCACUGCCUCCUUCAUUCGGUUUUAUAACCAGUACUGUUGCCCAGAACGUUGGCGCAAUGCGGAACAGUGGGUUUGAGGUACAGUUGGGAUACAAUGACCGCAUUGGUGAUUUCAAAUGGAAUGCAAGUGCCAAUAUGAGUUUUGUUACCAACCAGAAUGCUGCAGAAGUUGCCAGUCAUGCUACGCAAGUUGCCGCCACCGCGCCGGGUGAUAUCAAAUUCAAAGAUCAGAAUAAAGAUGGUGUCAUUGAUUUGAAUGACCGCGUUUUCCUGGGCAGUUUUAUACCAAAGAUGACCUACGCAGGUGUACAGGGCAAUAAAAUUUACAAUGCCACACGCGUUAUCACAGAAGGUAUGAUUCGUUUCUUUAAUGCAGGCACACAGAACCUGCGUAUUUAUGUUUCGGCACAGAAUAUUUUAACCGUUACCAAAUACAAAGGUUUUGAUCCGGAAGUGGGUAACCGUACACCCGGAUCCUCCCAGUUAACCAAUGGUAUCGACUUUGCCGUUUACCCGCAACCCAAGGCAUUCCAGGUGGGCAUCCAGGCAGGAUUUUAG